AUGCGCAUGCUCUGGGAUCCUCUCUUCGAGCGCCUGUCCGACGUGGCAGGCGCACCGCCAGACCAGAUCAAGAUGAUCGCGGCGCUGGUGCUUGCCUUCCCUCUCGCCGCCAUCUUUGUGCGCCUGCCUGCCAAUCGACCCAACCUCGCGCACAUCUUCUCCCUCAUCGUGACCACGUUCUUCCUUUGGCCCUUCCUUGGUCUCGGUUGGGGUUAUCUCGAGCUCAUCUUCAGCUGUGUCGUCACUUAUGUGCUCGUUGCCACCCUCAAGGGCUCCAACAUGCCAUGGGUUGUGUUCUUCUUUGUUAUGGGCCAUUUGACUAUCACGCAUGUUCGUCGCGCUAUCUGGGCUGUACCCGUCACCGAGAUUGAGAUUUCGGGCUCGCACAUGGUCCUUGUCAUGAAGCUCUCAACUUUUGCCUGGAACGUGCAUGACGGUCGUCGUAAGACCGAGGAGCUCGACAACAUGCAGCUCGCCACCCGCUUGUCAAGCCUCCCCAACCCACUGGCGUUCUUUGGCUACUGCUUCUACUUCCCCACUGUCCUCGUUGGCCCAUCAUUCGACUAUGCUUCGUACGAUGCGCUCAUCAAGCACACUCUUUACACCACGCCGCCUCCCAACGCCAAGUCCAAGAUCUCGGGCCGUACCCCUGUCGGCCGUCGUCGCGUCGCCUUGCUCCACUUUGCUAUCGGCAUCUUCUUCCUCGCGAUCUUCUCCCUCCUCGGCGCCCGUGGCAGCUUUGAACGCGUCCUCACCCCGACAUGGUACACGUGGGGCAAGGCUCAGCAGUUUGGAUUUAUCCAGUUCUGCGCCUUUGUUGCCAGGACAAAGUACUAUGCCGUCUGGAGCAUGUCCGAGGGCGCUUGCAUUCAGUCUGGCCUCGGCUUCAACGGCUACGACCCCAAGACUGGCCGCACGCUCUGGAACCGCGUGCGCAACAUCAACAUUCUUGCUAUCGAGACGUCGGAGAGCUUCAAGGUUCUCCUCGACUCGUGGAACUGCCGCACCAACGUUUGGCUCCGCGAAUGCGUUUACAAGCGUCUCGCGAAGAAGGGGCAGAAGCCUGGAUCGUUCCAGAGCAUGGCCACGUUUGUUACCUCGGCCUUCUGGCAUGGCGUUGCGCCUGGCUACUACCUCGCAUUUAUCACGUGUGGUCUCUACUCGUACCUUGGUCGCAUGUUCCGUAACAUGGUGCGCCCUUAUUUCCUGCCUGCAUCGUCGCCUGGCGCUGCCAACUCGCUGCCUCGUUGGCCCUAUCCCAAUCUCGCCAAGCGCGCGUACGACCUUGUCGGAUGGGCGUGUGUUCAGACUGGUGUCGCGUACGCGGUCGUCCCCUUCUUCGUCCUGGAGCUCAAGCCCAGUGUCCUCACUUGGGCUCGUGUCUACUUUUAUGGCCACGUCAGCAUCUUUGCCGCAGUCGCCUUCUUCAAGUUCGGCGGUAGCAGGUGGCUUCGUAAGGGCCUUGCGCCCAAGGCCCCUCGUGUCAAGCCUCUCUCGCCAGCCGAUGCCCCCUCGGUGUCCGUCCAGCCUCCGUCGCCACUCGCUGAGACAUACGAGAGGUUUGGCGAGGACGAGUCUGCCGCGACUAGUGGCGUGGCCACUCCCUCGAACUUUGUCUCCGAGGCUGACGAGGCUGACGAUGCCAACAUUGAGUGGGUCGCACACGACCUCCAGAACAAAGACCAGAAGGAUUUCAGUAAGAUGUCCGACGAGAUCCUGUCUGGGUUCGACACGCCCAGGCGGCCUGGUACCCCGACGCAGCGCAAGACACAGUAA